AAAUUUUGGCGCGACGGCAGCGCUACGUUUCAUUCAUUUGUGAAGUAGAUAGUGUGAACUUGUGAGUUGUGUUGUGUGUGAUUAUUUUUAGCAAAAUCUGUAAUUAUUUGUAGAUUUCGGGUUUAAAAGUAAAUUGUAAAAAUGGCGAAGGAUUAUUACAAAAUAUUGGGAUUGUCAAAAGGUGCAACUGACGACGAAAUAAAGAAAGCAUAUCGUAAAUUAGCCCUCAAAUACCAUCCGGAUAAGAAUAAAUCGGCUGGAGCGGAAGAAAGGUUCAAGGAAGUCGCGGAAGCGUAUGAAGUGCUGUCAGAUAAGAAGAAGAGGAAGAUUUACGAUGAUUACGGUGAAGAAGGAUUGAAGGGAGGAGUCGGAGGCCAGAACGGACCUGGUGGCGGCCAGUCCUUCUCAUACACGUUCCACGGAGACCCAAGAGCCACGUUUGCACAGUUCUUCGGCGCCGCCAGCCCGUUCCAAUCGUUCUUCGACCUGAACGGUGGAAAUGGGGGCACUACGAUGUUCUUCGACCGGGAUAUGGACGUAGAUUUCGAUCCAUUGGCGAACAUGGGUAUGGGCACAGCGAGACAGGGCGGCCCAGGUGGCGCUUUCAGAAGUCACAGUUUCAACUUCCACGGUUCGCCGAAUAGAAAGGAGAAGACCCAAGAUCCCCCGAUCGAACAUGACUUGUACGUGUCGCUGGAAGACAUCGCGCGAGGAUGCGUGAAGAAGAUGAAGAUAUCUCGCCGUGUGAUGCAGCCAGAUGGCACAUCGAAGAAAGAGGACAAAGUGCUGACGAUUCAUGUGAAACCUGGCUGGAAGGCUGGCACCAAGAUCACGUUCCAGAAGGAAGGCGACCAGGGCAGGAACAAGAUACCAGCAGAUAUUGUAUUCAUCAUUCGCGACAAACCAAAUCCAUUGUUCAAGAGAGAGGGCAGCGACAUCAGAUAUACGGCAAAGAUCUCACUUAAACAGGCCCUCUGUGGAACAAUCAUCCAAGUGCCUACAAUGUCUGGUGAGAAGCUGACUGUCAACCUUCAAGGUGAGAUUGUGAAGCCGUUCACUGUGAAACGCUUCCCCGGCUAUGGAUUGCCGUUCCCCAAGGAGCCCACGCGGAAAGGUGACUUGUUAGUGGCAUUCGACAUCAACUUCCCGGACAGACUGACCACAGGAGUCAAGGAAAUCUUAAUGGACACAUUGCCCAAUUAAAACCAAACAAUUGGAUAUCUCAGAAACGGUUCAUGCUCAAUCGUUGUGGGACAUUCCUUGUAGUGUUUGAAUUUGGGAACUUCGUUAUUUAAUGUCGCUUCCGUUAAAAGAGUAGGAUCUGCAUUUAAGCUAGGCUAUAUGUUGCUGCAGUUGUGGUUAUUGCCUACAGUCAUUUAGAUAAUUUUGUGUGGCUGCUGUGAGAUUGGAUAGUAUUGAAUAAUUUUUAACACGCAGUGUGUACUGAUUUUAGUGAUUGAUUUUGUGGUUCUUUUUUUCCCUAUCUUUUAGUUGGAAACAUCCUUUACUUUGUCAAAAUUUCCUAACUAGUGAAUCUUUAAAUAACAGUAAAUUAUAGCUGAUUUUUAUUUAUAAAUGUUAAUUUAUGACGGAACUACUAAAUCAGUAUGCACUGUUAGUGGAUAAAGAUGUUGUUGUGACUGAGUUAUUUCUUUGUGCGUUUUAGUACAGAGACUGACUAUGUGCGAGUAUUUAAAUUCAAUAGUUGUAAAUAUUUUGUAUUAUUCAUGUAAAUAUUAAUUAGCAGUAAUUGUAAGUUUUAGGUUUCCGUACUUAGGAACUUAGCUCACAGUUACAGUUUGUGCUUUGGGAAUAGAAAUUUGUUGUGUGCAGUCAGAUUUAUCUUGUAUCUUAAUCACUAUAUUCACACUUAUUUAAUCAAUAGUUCUAGAAAAUGCUAAAUACUGAUAUUAUUCAAAAAUUGGAGCUGACUGUAUAUACCAAAACUAGGUUUCAAAGACUGAUCAUUAAUAUUUAGGUUCAAUUGUUUGUAAGUGACAAAACUUAUAAUUAUUGCUCUUAAAAUAAUGACUAAUAAAAGAAGAAUACUGAAA